AACAAAAGAGUCUCGCCGGCGUCCCCGCCCUCACACUCGCGCUCGGGCGCACACGGAGCAGGGACCGGCGCCCGGAGCGAGCCUGGGAGCGGUGAGCCGGGGACCCACCGCGCGGAGCCAGCCGAGCCGCCAGAGCCCAACCCGCGACGAUCCACGCCCCAGAGCCCCGCAGCCGCCCCCCGCCGGCCGGUGUCCCCACCGCCAUCCCGGACCCAUGGCGCUGAAGCGGAUUCAGAAAGAAUUAAGUGAUCUACAGCGUGAUCCACCUGCUCACUGUUCAGCAGGACCUGUGGGAGAUGACUUGUUCCACUGGCAAGCCACUAUUAUGGGGCCUCCUGAUAGCGCAUAUCAAGGUGGAGUCUUCUUUCUCACUGUACAUUUUCCAACAGAUUAUCCUUUUAAACCACCAAAGAUUGCUUUCACAACAAAAAUUUACCAUCCAAACAUAAACAGUAAUGGAAGUAUUUGCCUCGAUAUUCUGAGGUCACAGUGGUCACCAGCUCUGACUGUAUCAAAAGUUUUAUUGUCCAUAUGUUCACUACUUUGUGAUCCUAAUCCGGAUGACCCCUUAGUACCAGAUAUUGCACAAAUCUAUAAAUCAGACAAAGAAAAAUACAACAGACAUGCAAGAGAAUGGACUCAGAAAUAUGCAAUGUAAAAUGAAAAACAUUUUCAUAUAUACCAGAGUACUGUAAAAUCUAGAUUUUUUUCAACAUUAGCAGUAAAUUGAGCACUGUUUACUGUUUCAUUGUACCAUGAAACCAUUUGAUUUUUACCCAUUUUAAAUGUGUUUCUGAAGCAAGACAAAACAAACUUCCAAAAAUACCCUUAAGACUGUGAUGAGAGCAUUUAUCAUUUUGUAUGCAUUGAGAAAGACAUUUAUUAUGGUUUUUAAAAUACUUGGACAUCUGCAUCUUCAGCUUACAAGAUCUACAAUGCAGCUGAAAAGCAACCAAAUUAUUUUUUGCUGAAACUAGAUGUUUUUACAUGAGAAAUACUGUAUGUGUUGUCUAAGAUGUCAGUUUUAUAAAUCUGUAUUCAGAUUUCAUUCUUUGUUAGCUCACUUUAUAAUUUGUAUUUUUUUACUGUAUAGACUAAAUAUAUUCUAUUUACAUGUAUGUCAACUCAUUACUUUUCCCCUGUGAACAGUAUUGAAAAACCCCAGCGGCUGAUAAUUAAGUGAAUUAACUGUGUCUCCCUUGUCUUAGGAUAUUCUGUAGAUUGAUUGCAGAUUUCUUAAAUCUGAAAUGAUCUUUACACUGUAAUAAUCAGCAUACUGAUUAUGGAGAAACACUUGUUUUGAUUUUGUUAUACUUGACUUAACUUUAUUGCAAUGUGAAUUAAUUGCACUGCUAAGUAGGAAGAUGUGUAACUUUUAUUUGUUGCUAUUUACAUUUGAAUUUUUUCCAGUAUAGGCAAUAUUAUAUUGACACCUUUUACAGAUCUUACUGUAGCUUUUUCCAUAUAAAUAAAAUGCCUUUUCUACUA